AUGGACGGGAUAUUCAUGAUGAAUUGUCGAUUGAAAGCGGAAUCGAAUUAUUUCGCCUCGACAUAUACUAAUUUAUAUCAACCUCGUGGCCUCUUGGAGAAAGAAGUUGAAUUUAACAAGUACAAACAAAUAUUCGGGCAGUGGGGCAUGUACAAAGAGUGUUUUUACCUUUAG